CAGUAUAUUGUUGACUACAUUCUUGGCAAUGGUGCAGUCUCACCAGGAGAUUUGGAAUGGAUCUAAAAAAAAAAGUCUUAUCAUUCUUUUUUAAGUAAAUUGGGCACAGACAGGUUCUCCCUUAGCACCUAGGUUCGUCACAGCUCUUGGCCAUUCCUGGGUGCUGUAACACGCAGGUAACACCCUUCUGGUAAUGCCUCACGAGGUGGUGGGAUGCCCAGCCGGUCAAGGAGUGACCUACGCUUGUUGUAUUUGGAGGCAAAUAUGCUGGGAAACAGAGGUGAGAUCAGCAUCACGGAUGACGCUGGCAGUGCAAUAGUAGGGCCAACGCUGCAAAAAGCGUCAAGGGGGCUGAUGAGCCUUAGGUCUGUGAUGACACCGAGCCCGGCAGCUGGGUUUGCAGGGGACGAUUUCAGCCAAUAUACGUGCCCCACUGUUAGGAGUAACCCCUGUGGUCUGCUCUGAGGGCGGAGGGGUGCAGUUCAUUUCCACUGUGAGGAUGCUAAAGGCAGCGUCUGCGAUGGAUGUAUGUCCCAAGGGUCCUUAAAACACGCGGUUUGCGGUGGCAAGGGUGCUCUGUGCUGGGCGCGGAUGGCAAGGGGUGAGCAGCGGGAGCUGCAGCGGGACCCGCGUGGGAGCGGGUCAGGUGCUGCUGGGGCCAGUCGGAGACGGUUCCAGCCAGCUCCAAAGCAGGUGUGAGCAGCCACCGCCUGCCAAAGCUCCGCCAGUCAGGGGAGCCCGCCGCUCCCCGCUGCAGACAUGUUGGGUAGGAGAGGCAGGAAGAAGCAGGGAAGGGUAGAAGGAAGCCCAUAAGCACUUAGAGCCUGGUGUCCCCACGUGGGGACAUGGCAGGGUUGAGCCCCAGCCUGGGGAAGCCCCUCCUGGUCUGGAGACAGUGAGGGGGGGCAGCCCCCUGAAGACCCUUCCCACUGCAGAGCCCCCCUGGCAGGGCCUGGGCAGGUGGGGGGGGGGGGGGGUGCGUGCAGCCCCUCUGUGACACAGUCUGGGGUCACAGUGGGACAGCCCCUCUUUCCCCAUCGGGACCAGCAUCCACCCCACACACCCCGGCAAGGCCGAGGGGACGCCAGGCGCUGGGGGCUGUUCUUGCCAGCGCUCUGCUCUAGAAGAGCUGCUCUGCAGUGAGGAGGAGAAGGCGGAGAGAGGCAGCACAACAGCACUGGGGGUGGUGAAGGGCGGCGGAGGAGGAGAGCAGAGGAGGAGUAGGCUUUUUGCAGGAAGCAAGAAAGCCAUCGGCCAGCCACCUGCUGCAGUUCUUGACCUGGAGCAAGGGUGGAACUAAGAUGGCAAAAGACCUCUUCUUGCGGCCUCACUUGUCUCCAACAACUGAGAAGCUCAAGAACACUGGUAAGGCCCUCAGACCCAUUUCAUGAGUGCUGCCAGGUCAAGGACGUCUCUGAAAACAGGCAUGGAAACCCUGAGGGCUGUGGGGGUGGCUGCUCAGGACUGGUGACUGCAAGGAGGGACCUGCUUGACCAUCCCUGAGGGCCGAGGGGCUGAUUCGACAGCCAGGGCUCCUGGUUCUCUUCCUGACGUGGUUCCUGCUUUCCUGGGGCACCCCAGGCAGAAGCCCCUGGCCCCAAAGGGCUGCUCCUUGCCUGGUGGUGGGCAUUGCCCACCCUGAGCUCAUGUCUGAGUGGAAGAGCUGAAGGUGCUCGUGGGCUGUGCAGAGUCGGUGUGUUUGGAGACGCAACGCAGGGAAACUGGCUGGGGAGACACCGGGGCCUGCCCUGACCCUCUGAGACUUCCGCGGAACCCAGCACCGUGCCCUCGCUGGCGUGGCAAUCCACUGCCGGUUUCCCAUGGGAGCGAGUCACACCCUGGAGAGCUGCACCUGAAAGGAAAGGAGCCCGCCUGGAGGCCAGCUGAGGGGUCCUUUGGUUCUUGCCGGGCUCUAGAGAGACCAUCUGAAACGCUUGUGUUAGAAAUACAUUGGUCCUUGGACAGGAGCGGGCUGAAUGGUUUUGCGGUCGCUGCCUCAGAGCAUGACAUGUCUUUCCCUUGUUUUUCCAGAGUUCGUCAAGAUUUGGGCCAGCACAUCAUGCUACCUCAGCCAACGGCUGGCUCUCCACCAGGUGGGACUUACCUCCUUCUCCUCCCCUCACAUCCUGACGAAGGCUGACGAAGUCCCGACAGACCUUUGCCAUGGAGUGCAAUUGGUUUGCCCCUCCUUUGAAAGACGGAACAAUGCCCCAGCACGACCCUGCGAUGCACAGAUGUGCAACGGACCACCUCCUCUGUCCAUUCAGAUGUACCAUAAGGUCCAGGCCUGGUGUCAUAAAAAGGGCUGUCCGCAUUCCUGGACUUGGGACUUUUGUGGUUGUCAGAGAGCGAGUAGUCAGCAAGGAGAAGGAUCUGGUGGUUGUGGAGAGACCCGUGUUUCAUCUUGCGAACGCUAUUGCGCGGGAUCAUGACCUCCGAUAUGGUUGCAUAGACGUUCCUGGCCAUCAACAUUUUGAGCAACUGCCAUACGCUCAGAUAGCCUCAGACAACGCUGUCUCUGAGGGCACGGUGCAGCUCUGCGUGGAAAGGACCAUGCGUCUUUUCCGUGUCUGCCUCGAGAACAGGGAUAACGUUGCCCUCGUUUGGAGGGACGUGGGCAUGCUGAUCAUCCAGGGAAGAGACGUAAAAAUGAGAUUUUACACAGACUUUCUGAAAAGGCUGAAUGGGACUGACCAGAUGUUGCAAGCUGUUCUCGAGAUGCCAGAGAUGAGGGACUCGGUCAUCUCACGCCAUGACACUGCUGCUUCCCAGACCUCUUCUGGGCGUGUUAUCGUCCUACCAGGGUACAAGCUUGAGACCGUGCCUAAAAUGCCAACAGUGAAAGCAGACCUGACAGGACAUGUGAAGGCCGCCCCAGAGAAGGGCUGGGGAAAAGGUGAUGGCAGUGGAAAGAAAGAGGAUCUUGCCGAGCAGCGCCUCCUUCGUCGAGCAAGGCUUUCUCCAAAGCGGUUACCUGCAGCGACUGUAAAGUCAGAGCAGGGUCAGAAAGCUGAGGGGAGUGAGCCUCGUGCCAGGCAGCUACUGGCCAUCCAGGGGAGCUCCUUGAAGGAAAAGGAGGAGAAAGAGAAACAGAAACUAAUUCCUCUGGUCGAACCCCGAACAGUAGACUUCAUUGCCAGAGCUAUUGAGAGGAGAGAAAAGAAUAAACACUUGAAGAGGAAGGAGAAGCUUCCAGAACACAUCCAGAAAUACUUGGAUGAAGAGGAAGAAGAGAAAACAGAACUGGCAGAGGAGAAAAAAAGGAAACUGCAAACCCCGCCAGUGACCAAAGAGAAGGCUAAGAGAGAAAAGGAGACGCUGAAAGCGAAAGCUGAGAGAGAAAAGGAGACACAGAGGAGCCAGGAAUCCAGUUCCUCUGAGCAAGCAUCAGUCAGCCCCUCGACUAGCACGGAGACGGGGGACUCCAGCCCCGACCUCCUGGAGACGAUGACGGAGGAGUGGGAAGAGGCCGGAGAAGAGGCACCCACAGUCUGCGAGGACGACGCUGUCCCCCCUAAGCGGAGCCUUUCCCCACGGACACGCCAGGCCCUGCGGCAGGUGGUGACGUGCAUCCUGGGGCAGGUCACCCGCAAGCGCAGGGGGCAGAGGGAUGACCAGGCGGAUCUGCAGGACAAGCUCAAGUGCGAGCUGGCAGUGCUGCAGUGGCGUCGGUUGGGGCAAGAGGCAUGCAGCAGCCCACAACUGCGCGAAGCUGGACCCCAACCUGCACCCCCUGCUAGGGCAGGGAAGAGGAGGGCAGGACCGGCGCAGCCCCGUGCGUGCACGGAGGAGGAAGGACGCAAGCUCUGGGACUCCUUGCGCAAGAAGUGCCAGCAGAAGGCAAGGGCAAAAGUGGCACCCCCGAAGGCUUGGAAAGACAAGCGAGAGCAAUGGGAGGCCCAGGUGCUGCAGGCAGUGAAAAACAAUGAGGAAAAGAGUAUUCCUGUCCUGCGGGGAGCCAAGGGCUCCUGCGUUCGUGGCACUCCAGAGUGGUGGGGAGAGGGCAGAAAAGGGCCAUCCGCGGAGGAUGAGGAGAGCCCAGAGGACAAGCCGAGUCUUUGCCUUUUGGAGUCCUCACCUCUGAAAAGCCCUGCGGAGCAGAUCUGGUGGACGUCGGCGAGUGCCAGGAGAGCCUCUCGGGCACAGAGGCUCCCGAGAGAGAUGUCCAGCGAGAGCCUCCUCCAGCAUGACGAGCGCCAGUGCCGGCCAGCCAGGCUGUUAACACCAGUGCUUCCGUCUGUUCAGUAAAGCCCCCAUCUGCAAA